AUGUGUAUCGGGCCUAGACCAGAAGUCUCGGGUCUAGACCAUGGGUGUGUCGGGUUAAGACCAGAUAUGUCAAAUCCAUGUAGUAUCGCGACCCAGAUUUCAUAUGAUUGUACAAGUUGUGACCAUCAGAAGGAAGACCUUCCUUGUCCAGGGGUCAAGGGUCAUCUAGGGGUCAAGGGUCGUCCUGGGGUCCAAGGGUCAAGGGUCGUUCAGGGGUUAAGAGACGUCCAGGGGUCAAGGGUCGUCCAGGGGACAAGAGUCGUCCGGGAGGUCAAGGGUCGUCCAGGGGUCAAGGGUCAUCUAGCGGUCAAGGAUCGUCCAGGGGUCAAGGGUUGUCCAGGUGUCAAGGGUCGUCCAGGGGUCAAGGGUCGUCCAGGGGUCAAGGAUCGUCCAGGGGUCAAGGGUUAUCCAGGUGUCAAGGGUCGUCCAGGGGUCAAGGAUAGUCCAGGGGUCAAGAGUCGUCCAGGGGUCAAGGGUCGUCCAGGGGUCAAGGGUCGUCCAGGAGUCAAGGGUUAUCCAGGUGUCAAGGGUCGUCCAGGGGUCAAGGAUAGUCCAGGGGUCAAGGAUCGUCCAGGGGUCAAGGGUCGUCCAGGGGUCAAGGGUCGUCCAGGAGUCUAUGUAAUAAUAUCUACUUGCGGCUUGCUGCCACUUGACAGCUCUUGGUGUUGCACAUUGCAUCAGUCUGCAGCAAAUGACGGAGCUACGGCAACCUUGAGUGUUGAGUCAUCUCAACACUCGACUUGA